AUGAGGGGGGAGAACAUUACCAAGGUCAGCACGUUCAUCCUGCUGGGCUUCCCCACAGCCCCCAGGCUACAGUACCUGCUCUUCCUCCUCUUCCUGCUCAUCUACCUCUUCGUGCUGGUGGAGAACCUGGCCAUCAUCCUCACUGUCUGGAGCAGCACCUCUCUCCACAGACCCAUGUACUACUUCCUGGGUAUCAUGUCCACUUUGGAGAUCUGGUAUGUUUGUGAUAUCAUCCCUAAGAUGAUGGACGGCUUCCUCCUGCAGAGGAAACACAUCUCUUUCAUUGGAUGCAUGACUCAGCUCUACUUCUUCAGCUCCCUGGUGUGCACGGAGUGUGUACUCCUGGCUUCCAUGGCCUAUGACCGCUAUGUGGCCAUCUGUCAUCCCCUGCGCUACCAAGUCAUCAUGACCACAGGGCUGUGUGUCCAGCUCGUGGCCUUCUCUUUUGCUAGUGGCUUCACCAUCUCUGUGAUCAAGGUCUAUUUUAUCUCCAGUGCCACCUUCUGUGGCUCCAACGUCUUAAACCACUUCUUCUGUGACAUCUCUCCCAUCCUCAAGCUAGCCUGCACCGACUUCUCUACAGCAGAGCUGGUGGACUUCAUUCUGGCCUUCAUCAUUCUGGUGUUCCCCCUCAUAGCCACCAUCCUCUCCUAUGGGCACAUCACCCUGGCUGUGCUGCGUAUCCCUUCGGCCACAGGACGGUGGAGGGCCUUCUCCACCUGUGCCUCCCACCUCACCGUGGUCACCAUCUUCUAUACAGCCUUACUUUUCAUGUAUGUUCGACCCCAGGCCAUCGACACCCGUAGCUCGAACAAGCUUAUCUCUGUUCUGUAUACGGUCAUCACACCCAUCUUGAACCCCUUGAUCUACUGUCUGAGGAACAAAGAGUUUAAAGAAGCCUUAAGAAAGGCCUUGAGCUUGAGUCAAGCAUCAUCAUAGGAGGGAGGGCACCUUCUGAUGCCAGAGUAUCUCAUGAUCAUGUACCCUUGGUGA